UCUAGCAUCAGCAUAUCAUUAUUUAUCAAGUGGGGAAAUAAACACGGCCGUCAAGAUCUGCCUCUUCUCUUCCAAACGCUUGACUGGAAUUAACUCUCUUGUGUUUCCAUCGGGGAUUUCAUUCACGCUUCUCCAGGGGGAUCCUUCUGCUGAGGAUUACUUUUCACUGUAAAACUUUUUGUGUGUGUGUUCCUCUCUUGUCAAAAACUCGUAUGGAAAAAAUAGAAGGGGCAUAAGAUAGACGCACCAGAGGGAAAAGUUUCACCUCAUCUUCACUCCUGCGCGUCAAGAGUUCACCUUGACUGUGACAUAACGGAGAGACUUUAACAACAACAAAACUUCUCCCAUGAUUGUUUGAGUCGGUCUACACGGACCUGGGGAGCUUUCACUGCUUGUUGAAGGGCUGUCAACACAAUGGGGCGCCUGUUUCUGCUCCUGGUUGUCACUCUCUCCCUACUCACCUGCCAGGUGUUGUGCUCCGGUGUGUUUGAGCUGAAGCUGCAGGAGUUCCUCAACAAGAAAGGGAUACCGGGGAACUCGAACUGCUGCCCCGGGGGCUCUGCUCAUCCGCAGGGCCACAACCAGCAGUGUGAGUGCAAGACUUUCUUUCGGGUUUGUCUGAAGCACUACCAGACGAACGUCUCCCCGGAGCCUCCCUGCACCUACGGCGGGGCUGUGACUCCCGUCCUCGGCUCCAACUCCUUCCAGGUGCCGGAGACCAACGCGGACAGCUUCACCAACCCAAUCCGCUUCCUCUUCGGCUUCACGUGGCCGGGGACGUUUUCACUGAUCAUUGAAGCUCUGCACACUGACUCCCUGGACGACCUGGCAACAGACAACCCGGAGCGUCUGAUCAGCAGGGUCACCACCCAGCGUCACCUCACCGUGGGAGACGAGUGGUUCAAGGAUCUGCAGACCUCCGGCAGAACCGAGCUGCGUUACUCCUACCGCUUCCUGUGCGACGAGCACUACUACGGCGACGGCUGCUCGGUCUUCUGCCGGCCCAGAGACGAUGCCUUCGGGCACUUCACCUGCGGCGAUCGCGGGGAGAUCAUAUGCAACUCUGGCUGGAAGGGACAUUACUGCACUGAAUCAAUCUGUCUUCCCGGUUGUGAUGAAGAACACGGCUUUUGUGAAAAACCAGGAGAGUGCAAGUGUAGAGUGGGCUUCAGUGGUCGUUACUGUGACGACUGCAUCCGUUACCCAGGCUGCCUCCAUGGCACCUGCCAACAGCCCUGGCAAUGUAACUGCCAGGAGGGAUGGGGUGGGCUCUUCUGCAACCAGGAUCUGAACUACUGUACACACCACAAGCCCUGUCUUAAUGGAGCCACCUGUACCAACACUGGCCAGGGUAGCUACACUUGUACCUGUCUGCCUGGAUACACGGGGUCCGGUUGUGAGAUCGAGGUCAACGAAUGUUCUGGAAGCCCCUGUCGCAACGGAGGCAGCUGCACUGACAACGACAACGGCUAUAAGUGCACCUGCCCACCUGGUUUCUAUGGCAACAACUGCGAGUUAAGCGCCAAUACCUGUGCAGAUGGGCCUUGCUUCAAUGGCGGGCGUUGCGCCGACAACCCUGAAGGAGGCUACUUCUGCCAGUGCCCGAUGGGAUACGCCGGCUUCAAUUGCGAGAAGAAAAUCGACCACUGCUCCUCCGACCCCUGUUUGAACGGCGCCGGAUGUGUGGAUCUGGUGAACUCGUACCUCUGUCAGUGUCCUGAUGGGUUUUCAGGUCCCGUCUGUGAGGACAGCAGCAGCAUCUCUGGAUACUGUCCGUCCUUCCCGUGUCAGAACGGUGGGACGUGUCAGGAGGAAGCGCACGGCUACACGUGUAACUGCCCUCCAGGGUAUACAGGUGAAAACUGCAGCUCCCCCAUCUCCCGCUGCCAUCACAACCCCUGCCACAACGGAGCCACCUGCCACGAGCGCGGCGGUCGCUACGUGUGCGCCUGCGUGCCCGGCUACGGGGGCCACAACUGCCAGUUCCUCUUACCGGAAGUACCGAGGGGUCAGCCGGUGGUGGACGGACCGGAUCGGCGAUACUCUUCUGCGGGAAAUGAAAAUACUGAAGGCGAGGAGGGCGACGACAGCGGAUUCCCCUGGACCGCCGUGUGCGCCGGCGUCUUCCUCGUCCUCGUGGUUCUGAUCGGCUGCUCGGUGCUGGUGGUCUACGUUCGGGUCAAGCUGCAGGAGAGGCACCGUCGCCACGGCGACAGCGUCAACAGCGACAGCCGCGAGACCAUGAACAACCUGACGACCACCAACAAUUGUCUCCGCGGUGACAAGGACCUGGGCACGAUGAUGACGGCGUCCGUUAAAAACACCAACAAGAAGGUGGAUUACCAUUCGGACCUCGACGGGUCACCGGGGGCUCCGAGUGGAAUCGGUGGUGGGCUUACCGGGUCAGAGAAGAGCGGCUUUAAGACCCGCUACCCCAGUGUGGAGUACAACCUGGUGCAUGAGCUCCGGCCUGAGGAGCUGUCGCCGCGUAAAGAAGAGGAGCGCGAUGAGCCGGAGGUUAAAUGCGAAAUGUUCGAUGAGUCCGACUCGGAGGAAAGAUACAGGAAGAGACCAAUCAGUGACGCAUCAGAAAUGAAACGGGUAGACGAGUCACCGAGCUGCAGCGAAGCAAAGCAUCAGUCGUCCAGCGAGUUGAACUAUCGCGCAGCGGGUGAUCUGAAGUACCAGUCAACCGGCGACGUCAAAUACCAGUCAACCAGUGGAGUUGAAUACCACAGCUCCAGUGACAGCAGGCACCACUGUGCCAACGGCACCAAAUACCAGUCCGUCUACGUCAUGUCGGACCAGAAAGAUGAAUGUAUCAUUGCUACAGAGGUAUGAUACCCAGUCCAGACCAGAUCAGACCAGUUUCCUGUGGUUGAUGGCGGUCCACACACACCAGCCCUGAGCAGUAGAGCUCAGCUUGUCUCCGGGAGGUUUUACUCCUGCUGUUUGCUGCUGUUCCCGGGGAUUUACCUGAGGACUUUGAGCUAAGGUGCUACUGAGCCAUCAUGGAGUCAGUGACGACUUGGCAAGAGCUUCGUACUACAGUAGUACUACGGGCGAAUACUUGACAUUUUUGGAGCUGCGAUGGAUGUCUAACGCUGACUCGGUGCUACGGAUGAAGCGACAGAAGACAGCGCUCGCCCUCAGAAACAGUGGAAGAUGCGCUGCUCGUCCCAGGAUGAACUGUGGAGCAUUGACUUGGAUGUUGACCCAUGAUAUUGUAGUACCGUGGAGUACUGGUUGAAUGAACAGUGUAGUACCUUUUGGAGUACUGAGAAGUGUUUGAAGUACGGUUGUAGUACUGUUAUGUGCUGUGUUUUUCUUUUUACGAUGCAGUGUAAAAGCUGUUGAGGAUAUUGGACGGUUCAUGUUCUGUGCAGUGCUGCAGAGCAAAGGAUGAAGGACUACGAGCGGCGCCUGUACUUCGCUGGUACUGCAGCGGUCGCUGCUGCAUGUCUAUGUAUUGUUAAUUAAUUUAAAUCUCAAUUGGAGCCUUUGCCUGACGAAACAGGAGUAAAAACAGCGUCUGCAUCUUUAGCUUUGCAGCACUGACAGAGACGGUGUUGGCUGAGCUGGUUCUCAGCAGGAAGGAGAGAACUGAAGACUCCAGUAGUGACUGCAGAUGAUCCAACAGGGAUCCUGUUGGGCCAUACUGGCCCCCUGACCCCUGAAGGUUGUGAUACACAGGGCAAUGUUUCGGACAGGGCAACCUAGGAACACAACAAUCAGAACAAGAGAACGAACGAUGAAACAAACAAACAAAGUGUAUUUAUACAAUUACAUCCUUUUUACUUCUUCUUUUCCCGCAAUUUAUUCACAAAAGCAAAAGUGUAUUUAUACAAUUACAUCCUUUUCUCUUCUUCUUUUCCCGCAAUUUAUUCGCAAAAGUACCGAAAAUAAGUUGCUCCCUAAAUCUCCUCCAACGAUGCUGUUGUGUUUCCAAGCAAGCCGAGCUAUCAAGGACUCGUCUUAACUGCCAAGACCUCAUUGCACUAUGGAGGUGCGCGUGUGUGUGUUUGUGUCUGUGUGUGUGUGUGUGCAGAAGAGGAGGUGAUACCUGUGUGUGGUGUCCAAUGUAUGCACUGCCCACUCCCACUCCCGUCACUCCCAGUCUUCCACUAUUAGCCAAUUAAAGGACACCAUCACUCCGCCUGUCGUUGGUUAAGAUCAUUUGCUUUUAUUUGAUAUCUAAAGAUGUAUUCUUUUAAUUUAAUAAUGUAAUUAUUGUGUUCCACCUUGUUGUGAAUUUUUUUUGUUAAACAUGUUAUAAUUUAAGUUGGAUUGUUUUUAUUUGGCAGAUAAUGUAUGUAUGUAAGAAUGUAUGUAUGCAUGUAUGUGUUAGGCACUUGAGACCCCUGUGACUGUGUUGUAUUUAAGAGAAACGUCGUGUGUACAGAGCCUGUCAUUUUUAUUACUGGAAAGCAGCGCAAUAUUUUUCCAAAAUAAAAGAGGAAUGAAAUAUAG